AGCACAUAAAAGGCAACUCACAACUGCAGGAAGAAGCUGUUGGGCUUCAAAGCUACCGGCAAACAGGCAGAGAAAGGAAAAGAAAGAAGGAAGGCAAAUCAUGAGCACUGUUUCUAAGAAUUCCUUGAAGAACUCCCUUCUGCAGCUAGAAUGUUAUUUUACAUGGACUUUGCUGAAGGAGGAUAUAGAUCUUGCCAGCCUGGAAGAAUCAAUAUAUGAUCAGAUUGAGUUUUUCAUAAAUCCCAACAUUUCAAAUUACAAUCUACUAUCUUACAUAUACCACCUACAGCUCUCAGAUAAAGCAGCUCUAGAAUAUCUCCAAAAAGCUGAAGAAGAAGUUAAAAAAUAUUAUCCAGAUGAAAUUGACAGGAGAAGUCUUAUUACCUGGGGAAACUACGCUUGGAUCUACUACCACAUGGGUAGAUAUGAGGAAGCUCAAAAAUAUAUAAAUAAAGUUGAAAACAGUUGCAAAAAACUUUCAAAUACUGCUCAGCUGAAGAUUCAGCUUCCAGAGAUCUAUGCUGAGCAAGGAUUUGCACUAUUAAAAUUUGGAGGAAAGUACUAUAACAGAGCAAAAGAGUGCUUUGAAAAUGCUCUGAGGGAGGAACCCGACAACCCAGAAUUUAAUGCCGGCUAUGCAAUAGCAAUGUAUCGUUUGGAAGAAUUUUCUUACAGAAGAUGUGAAGAAGUGAACUCAUCUCUGGAGCCUCUGAAGCGUGCACUGGAACUGAAUCCAAUGGACACAUACCUUUUGGCAUUACUUGCUUUGAAACUUCAGGACUCAGAUCAAGUUGAUGAAGCAGAGAGAUGCAUUGAAGAAGGAAUGCAGAAAACUCCUGAUCUUCCCUAUUUCCUGAGGUAUGCUGCUAAAUUUUACAGAAGGAAAAAAGAACUGGACAAGGCACAGGAACUUUUGGAGAGAGCCCUGGAAAUAUCACCAAAAUCUACCUUUUUGCUUCAUCAGCUAGGACUCUGCUACAGAACAAAGCUGUUUGAGUUGAAAAACAGUACAAGAUAUCCACCUCAAGAUCAAAUAGAAGAACUCAUUCAAAUUUGCAUUUCUCAUUUCAAAGCAGUGGCUGAACAAAAGCCAAAAUUUUUUAGUGCCUUAAUUGAUUUGGCAAGGAUGUAUGCAGAGGCAAAGAUGUAUCGAGAAGCAGAAGAGACAUUUCAGAGAGCACUGAAGAUAAAUAUUCUGACUUGCUCUGAUAAACAAGAAAUAUGCUACUAUUAUGGAAGUUUUCUGCAAUAUAAAAAGAAAUCAGAAUCUGAAGCAAUUAAAUAUUACAAAGAAGGGUUAAAAAAUGGUAAUCAUUGUUUUGCAAAAAAGAUCAAACAAUACUUGAAGAGACUGUUGGAAAGGAGAAUUCAAGGAGGGUUAGGAAGUGAAGAAGAUUUCAGUACACUUGGACACAUUCAUAAACUAGAUGGUGAGAAGCUUGAAGCAAUUGAAUGUUAUGAGAAAGCCAAUGAAUACAAUCCUGACAAUGAAGAAUAUCUGAGUGCAUUAUGUGAGCUACGACUUUCCCUCUCAAGCUGAAGCACUCCCAAAUCCCUUUCAACAACAACAAAAGCACAUUUAAAGAGAAAAUAUAAAUGCAUUUGUUCACUUUUUAAGGCUAGGGUUAUAACCAGUUGAAAAAUCCGGUGGCAUCACUCCUCUAUGAUGAUGCAGAAUCUGCAGAUGAUGACCAGAUGAUGAUUGUGCAUUUGCUUGCCUGUUCAUUGCCAAAAGGCAUGCUACCUUAGGCUGCCAUGCUAAUACUGGUAUGAAAGUUGUCUAUGAGUACCUGCAGGACAUAAAGCUCCUAAGCUGAAAAACAGUUCUCACUUUCUAUUGAGGAAAGAGAACCAUAAUAUUAUAACAUUUAACCUAUCCGCUUGAAAGGCAUGCUGAUACUAACAUGGUCAUUUCUGUUGUUUUUUCAAAUAUCAAGUGUCAUUUAGGAAAAAAAACUGUGUUGACUUGUUCAGUUUGUUACCUUGUG